AUGAGUGAAGAUAAUAACCCCACUCCUCCUCCGAAUAGGUCAAUAAAUGAGCCGUCAAGCAACGAUUCUACUGCUAAUACUAACUCAUCUAAUAACGCUGCAGCAGGAGGAAUAGGAACAAGAGAUAUCACAGUCUCAAUCAAUUACGAAUUCCCAGGUUUCAAUAAUAAUAAUAAUAAUAAUAACACCGCUGCUACCACUACCACUCCAGGUACAAACGGCAUAAACAAUGCAGGAUCAGAAGUCCCAACUACAGCACCGACUGAGAGACCUAUGGGAGCAUUCAUCUUAUCAUUUAGAGAUGUUCCCAUUGCCACAUCACAAGAACGUCUAAGCACAGUCAUUUCAUUAGCUACAGAACUGGCUAUGCGUAGAUAUAAUCAACUGAUUAGACCAAAGGGUAUAUCUAGGGAAAAUUUUGAAAAAUUACCCAUUUUGAAAACCAAGGAUAUUACCGGGACUACGGAAUGUAGUAUAUGUUAUGAACCUUAUGUGGAUGAACCUGACCCUAUUGAUAAUAAGAGGAAAAGAGCAGCUGGAGAUGGAACGGAAGAAGACUCAAACGACGACAACAAGAAGAAAAGAAAACUAGCCACUGCAGGAGCAGCAAAUGAUACUGCUCCACUGGCUUCCACUUCCACAACAGAGAAUACUGACACUGGUAAUAACAGUUCUUCAACGAAUAUAGAAGAAGCUGAAGAACCUGUUUACCUUCAUUCUCCAGUUAAAUUGCCCUGUGAUCAUAUCUUUGGCAGGGAGUGUUUAUAUAAAUGGUCUAAAUUGGAAAAUAGUUGUCCACUUUGUCGACAUAAAAUAAUAGAGUCAGACUCUGAAAGAGCUAGUGAAAUAUCGACUGCUGAUAGAGCAGGUAAUGAUGCUAUGUUUGAACAAAUUAGAAAUAUGUUAUAUGCUCCAGAAAAUAACAGUAAUAAUACAACUUCUCCAGCUGUGAACACUGCUACUUCUACCACCAUAGAGACUGCAGCUACGGCUCAAACUCGGAAUAAUACUGAUAACGCCGUAAGUAAUUCUAGUGAGGGUGGUAAUAACACUACACAAACACAAGCGCCAGCAGGGUCAGAUAAUCUGAGAAGAGGAACUGGACCAAUAGCUCAAUAUCCACUAAAUACUACUGCAUUUAUUUUUUUAAGAGUUCCUCCUGGUACGAUUACAAAUACCGGUGCAAAUACAGCAGCAAAUACAGCAGCUCCCGAAGCAAACGCUGCUGCGUCACCCUCAAUCCCUGCAACAGUCCCUUCCACUUCUACAGGUACUGCCACCAAUUCUUCUCCAGGUACUACAGCCCCUCCAGUAGCACAAAGUAAUGAAACUGGAAGUAGAGGCACAUAUAAUCAACUUACUGACUUCUUUACUAAUUUUUUUGCACAAUUUCCUGUCAUUAGAAGAACUGAAAACACAAAUGCAACCACAGUUAAUGAAAACCCAUCAGGUACAGCAGCAACAACAACAACAACAGCACCAACAGCACCAACGCAACCACCAUUACCAGCUGACUUCCCUCAACCUAAUGAAAAUGUGUCAGAGCAUGUACAAAGGAUAAUGGACAUGUUAAGAAAUCGUAGAGAACAAACCAUGAGCAAUAGUCUUCCUAUUGCAUCAAACAAUACAGCUACGAAUACAAAUACAAAUACAAAUACAAAUGUAAAUGGAAGUUCAUCCAAUCCUCCUACUACAGGAUCUAACGUACUCUUCCAUUCUGGUGUGGCAAGCUAUAGACGUCCCGAUGGUCAAGUAACAACUUACCCAAUAAAUAAUAAUGCAUCUUCAGAUGAUUGGGGUCUCCCUCAUCCUCCUCCAAACACUACGAAUAGUCAAUCGUCUGCUAAUCAACCAUCGUCUACAACAUCGACAUCGGCAUCGGCAUCUAAUAAUAUUGAAGAACGUUCAAAUGAAGAUGAAAAUACCAGCAAUGGCAAUAAUAAUAACAGUAAUAAUAACAACGAAAGUAAUGGUAACAAUAAUUAA